AUGGCUAAACAAAAAUCGAAGAACUCUGUCAUCAAGCUUCUUUCCACCGCGGCGACCGGGUUUGCAAGACAAAUUACUAUCACAAGAGGUGCGCCUCUGGUAACGCAGGUGCGGUAUGAUCCAGUCGCCAAGCGUCAUGUCCUUUUCAAAGAAGCCAAGAAACGCAAGGUUGCAGAGAGAAAGCCUCUCGAUUUCCGCAGGACAUUUAAAUAG